AAGCACUGUGUCCUUCUGUGGAUAGUGCGAGAAGCGAGGGAGAAAGAGAUGAGGGCUUUGAAUCAAUUAGGGGCAGUUGAGACCAUCUACGAGGAAGAAUGCGAGUUUUCUUCAACCUCUUCUCGUUCCCUUUCGCCAUCAUUUUCCUCUUCUUCUCCUGCAUCUCUUCACUCCAGAGUAAAGGCCUGGUCCCAGAAAAUCGGCCGUCAAACAGAUGUUUUGAUUCGUGUUCAAGGAACGUCUUUUCCUCUGCACAAGGACCGUGUGGUUUCGCAAAGUUCAUACCUAAAACGCCAUUUAACGGAAACUUCGGACCUCACUAUCUCUCCCCCGUUAAACAUAACGGCCGAGACCUUCGCCGCUGUAGCCGAAUUCUGUUACAACGUCAGAGUGCAGAUAACGCCGGCCAACGUGGCCGUUGUCAGAACGGCAUCGGAGAUACUGGGAAUGACGGCAGCAGACGGCCUGAGCCACAUUGCCGAUACGUGCUUCUGCGAAGUUGUUUGCACCAACCCAGAACAGGCAUUAACGGUUCUCCGUUCGUGCAUACCGUUACUUCCCGAGGCUGAAACGACGGCGAGUCUCGUUAGCAGAUGCAUUGAAGCGCUUGUUUCAGUUCACGGCAUCACUCGUUUAAAUGAGGUGAACGAAAUGCAGCCGCGAUAUUUCCAAAUUGUGGCUGAAUCAUUCGGUAGAAGGUUCGAGAACCACGACGUCCUCUAUAAGAUGGUUGAUUGGUAUCUUCAGGAAAACAAGUUUGCGAAAGUAACGGAGGAUGAGAGAAAUGGAAUAUGCAGUUGCAUAGAUUGCACGAAGCUCUCGAGUGUUGCCCUGGUAGAGUGUGUUCAAAACCCUAGAAUGCCGUUGAGAUUGGUGAUGCGAGCGGUGCUGGUAGAACAUCUCAAUACUCGCCACUCCAUCGCCAUAGCAAGCUCUCAAGUUCAACGUCAUCAACUUCGGUUUGAGAGUAAUGAGGGACGACAACGACGACGUUCCAUGACGCUGGGGGACUUCCUCCGUCGCGACGCGGCACUGCGAGAAAGGGAGCGACUGAAGACGGUGAUGGAUUCCACGAAUGCGCGCAUAGGAAGUCUGGAAGAAGAGGUGAGGUGCAUGAAUAGAGUGUUGAGGGAAUGUGACGGGAAAGUAGGGGAAGAGGAGAGAGGUGUGUUGGGGUCAGAGCGUUCGGCGAGUUUCCAUUUUGUGCCAACUGAGAAUGGUAGAGUGAAGAAGGGAGAAAGAUGGUCGAGAUCGUCUUCGAGAAUUGAGUUUGACGGGAGAAUGGAGGAACGUCAGGGGAAGAGGUCUUCUUUCUCUGUUGAUGUUGAGAGCGUGACUCCGAAGAUGAACGGGACUUUCCGGCAGAGGUUGAUGAUUGGACUCAGGAAUGCGUUUCGGGUGCAGAACUCAGCGUCAACUUGACUCCAGAAACAAACCACGCUCCUUACGUAUACACAAGUUUGUUUGGAAUUGAAGAUUGUGGUACAUACUUGACAAUUGUAACCUAACAUCUCGACUAUGGUGGAAGAGAGCAUCAACAUUGCACCUUCUUUUGCUUAUUUUUUAUUUUUCUCUUCUAAAAUAAACAUAAAUUUCAAUUUUUUUUUAUAAAAUUCAUUCCAACCUUAAAUUUCUUAAUAUAAU